UUCUUCUCCAAAAUUUUGUGGUGAAGAAGUUUUGACAUUUUUUCUUCGCGGAAAGGAUUUUUUGCAAUUUUCCCAGGUUUUUCAUUACUCUUCCGGGUAAAAGUAGUUUGUGCAUCUUCCCCCAAGUGGAUAUUUCGUGUAGACUGUCCAGAGUCCGCGAAAUUCUCCCCAGAAACGUCAUUUUUUCAUCACAAAAGGGCAAUUUUUUGGAUCCUUAUCUUCAUCACCAGUAAAGUAUUUUAGCUGAAAAUGACUGAGAGACAUACAUUUGGUGGGAAUCUCAAUCCCAUCACUUGCCAUGCCUGGAACAAAGAUCGAUCUCAAAUUGCAAUUUCCCCAAACAACCAUGAGGUGCAUAUCUACAAGAGGGAGGGUUCUGCUGAUUGGAAGCUGCUGGAUGUGCUGAAUCAGCAUGAUUUGCGCGUGAUGGGCAUUGAUUGGGCUCCCAAUACGAAUCGCAUUGUAACGUGUGCCGUGGACAGGAAUGCCUACGUGUGGACUCAGGGAGAUGAUGGGAAGUGGAAGCCGGCCUUGGUGUUGCUUCGUAUCAACCGGGCUGCCACGUGCGUCAAGUGGUCACCGCUGGAGAAUAAGUUUGCCGUGGGAUCUGGGGCCAGGCUCAUCUCUGUGUGCUACUUUGAGCAGGAGAACGAUUGGUGGGUGUCGAAGCACAUCAAGAAGCCCAUCAGGUCUACUGUGACAUCACUGGAUUGGCAUCCCAACAAUAUCUUACUCGUGGCUGGCUCCACGGACUACAAGGUGCGCGUUUUCUCGGCCUACAUCAAGGACAUUGAGGAUCAGCCCUCUCCCACACCGUGGGGCACCAAAAUGCCCCUCGGACAGCUCAUGGCGGAGUUUAAGCAUUCCGAACGUGGUGGGGGAUGGGUGCACAGUGUCAGCUUCUCCGCGGAUGGCAAUAGAAUCUGCUGGACGGGACACGAUGCAGCCAUAAAGGUUGCUGAUGCAUCCAAUGGGAUGCAAAUCACCAAGAUUCGAACACCCUAUCUUCCCUUCCUGUGCUGCGAAUGGAUCUCCCCACGAUCCGUCGUUGUUGCCGGGCAUAGCUGCAUGCCACUCAUCUAUACCCUCGGGGAAGGCAAUGAGAUUGCACUGUAUGCCAAAUUGGAUCAGACGCAGAAGAAGGAAGCCGGAGGGAUUUCUGCAAUGCGCAUCUUCCAGUCACUCGACAGGAAUUUGCGCACUGAGAACACGGAUACGAACCUCGAGUCAAUCCAUCAGAAUGCAAUUGCUUGCCUCAGGAUUUUCGGAGGGAAUAAGGCGUCUGUGACGCGUAUCAGCACUUCCGGACUCGAUGGUCAGCUAGUCAUUUGGGAUUUGAACACUCUAACACGCUCAAUGCAGGGACUUCAGCUGUAAGUCCGGAAGCACCUCAUUGUGCAGAGAAAACAUGCGGGAGGGGGCUUGUAAUUCAUUUUAUUGACCCAACACCCGCUCAAAUACAGAGUUUAUAAAUCAAACAGAA